AUGCCUCCUAGUCCAGUUCUAGACGAGGAAGACGAGCAAUAUGCUUCGUCCCAAGACUCGGACUUUGCGCCCGACGAAGCGCCCGAGCCGGUAUCCGACCAGUCCGAUGCCGAAGACGCAGAAGAAGGCGAGAAGAAACGAAAGCAAUCACAGCCAGACGGACAGGCUCACGACAAUGGUUACGAUAAUUCCGGAGAUGAAGCCAUCAUAGCAAAGGGCAAAAAGAGGCGGAAACGAGCAGAAGAGAAGGGACGCCCCGUGGACGAAGAUGAAGGCGGCGAAGGAGGACUGGUCAAGACCCGUGCUCAACGUGCAGCCGAAAAGGAGGAGCGCAAGUACGCCGUGAACAAUGGUCCCGUCACAAUCGACGUGGAUGCCCUGUGGGCGCAGAUGAUUUCCGGCGAGCAAAUCAAACCUAGUGCCCCGCCAGUCGAAGCAAAUGGAGAGCAUACAAGGGAGCCUUCCGACAGCAAGACAGCUCCAACGGCCUCGUCAGAUGACCCCCAAUCGGACACCAUCCGCAUCAAGCGCACAUACAACUUUGCCGGUCGGGUUCACACCGAAGAGAAGAUUGUGGCCAGAGAUUCUGCCGAGGCGAAGCUGUACCUUGCGUCCCAAGGCCAGGACACACUCGACGUCGAUUCAUCGCCAACGAAGCGCGCCACAAGGAAAGCGUUCCGCUCUGCAUUCGAGCCCAUGAUAGACGUCAGGCUGGGACGUGCAGACUUGAAUCUCGGGCUUGCCGCAAGAAUUCAAGCUGGCAAGGAGGCCCGAGCCAAGAAGCUCACUACAGUGGAGAAGAGCAGAAUGGAUUGGGCGGGAUACGUGGACAAGGAGGGAAUCAAGGACGAGCUGGAGUUGGCGAGCAAAUCCAAAGAUUCGUACGCCGCUCGACAGGACUUCUUGGCGAGAAGCGAAGCUAUACGGGAGGACGAUGCAAGGAGGGCCAGAAUAGCCGGGAAAUCAUGA